AUGGAAAUGAGUCGUCUUGCGCCAUUAUCAGAAGUACCAACAAACGAAGAAGAAAGUGAUUCUUGUUCCUCAAAGAAAGCACAGACAUGGAGAAACUGGCUUAGAACUCACUUGCCUUUGCUCUUCAUCUCUAAGAAAUCUGACCUCAGGAUUCUCCUCAGUGUUCUUGGCUGCCCUCUCUUUCCUGUUUCUUUUCAUCCUAAGAUCUCCAUUACUCAAGUAUCGUCAUCAGCUGAAUACAUAAUUCAACACUUCACAGCAGCAAGUGGGUGUAGGAAGAUAGAAGGGAAAGUGAAGAACAUGUAUGUCAGCGGAAAAAUGGGAAUGGCCAUAGUGGACGAGGUUGGAUCAACUAGUAGUAGUGCCAUUUCACAAAAGGGCUGCUUUGUUUUGUGGCAAAUGGUACCUGACAAGUGGUUGAUUGAGCUAGUUGUUGGUGCUCACAAAGUUGUAGCUGGUUGUGAUGGCAAUGUUGCUUGGAGGCACACACCUUGGCUAGGUUCUCAUGCUGCCAAAGGCCCCAUCCGCCCUCUCCGUCGAGCUCUUCAGGGGCUUGAUCCACUGGCUGUAGCAGCAGUUUUCUCUGCAGCGGAAUACAUUGGUGAAAAGAAAAUCUUGGGCAUUGAUUCCUUUGUUCUAAAAUUAUGCGCAAAUCAUCCCGACUUAACUGAAAGGAGUGACAACACAGCAGAGAUGAUCAAGCAUGUCGUCUUUGGUUACUUCAGCCAAAGAAGUGGAUUGCUAGUUUAUGUAGAAGACUCAUACUUGACCAGAAUCCAGUCUCCGGGUUCCCCUCCAACGUAUUGGGAAACAACAAUGGGUACAAAAGUUGAGGACUAUCGGCCUGUUGAGGGAGUGAUGAUCGCACACUCGGGUUGUUCAAGCGUGAUUAUCACAAGAUUUGGGGACAGCUUAAAGGCAGGGCCUGCAAUCACCCGAAUGGAAGAGACGUAUAUCAUUGAUGAUGUUGCAUUCAGCGUCCCCGGCCUCUCUAUUGACUCCUUCAUUCCUCCUCAAGGAUUAAACAAGGACUAUCCUGACCACGAUCUUCACUCCAGCUCACCAUUACAUCCAUAA